UUAUGGCAAGAAUCAAGCCUCAAGCAUUGCUUAUUCAGAGCAAGAAGAAAAAGGGCCCAGCUCGAGUCAGUCUUACAACUAUCAUUACAUGCAAUCUUUUAGUCAUCUUGGUUGUAUUAUCCUUGUAUGCAACCUACAAUCACUGGUAUAAAAGGUCAAAUAACCAACUUGGAACGGUAUUAAAAACUUCUGAGCACACCAACGGUAAUGGGGAGCCCAAGAAAUUUGAUCUACCUGGCUAUGCUGUCAUUGAAACAUCCAAAGGUUCACUCACUGUGGAGCUUCAUAAGGAUUCCUCCCCAGAGGUUGUGGACAAGUUCCUUGAUUUAUGUCAAAAAGGAUACUUCAAAGGAAUGCGUUUUCAUCGUGUAAUAAAGCACUUUGUUAUUCAAGGUGGGGACCCUCACAACCUUGGUGCUGCUGAAGAAUGGGCUCUCCAUAGAAAAUCCAAUAGUCAGCUUGAGACAAGCCCUAAGCACGAGGCUUUCAUGCUUGGAACUUCAAAAACAAAAGCAAAUGAUAAAGGAUUUGAGAUCUUUAUUACGACUGCACCAAUUCCUGACCUAAAUGAUAAGCUUAAUGUGUUUGGGCGGGUCAUCAAAGGCGAGGAUGUUGUACAGGAAAUUGAGGAAGUCGAUACGGAUGAACAGUAUCACCCAAAGUCUCUGAUAGAAAUCGUUAACAUAACACUGAAGCAAGAACCCUGAAUAUUAACUGCAUAAAGAGUUACCAUCCACCUCUUCAGGGCUUUGUCCUGUUCCUUAUAGGCCUAUUGCAGCAGCAGCUGCUGAACUUGGUCUGUUACAUUUGUUUCAGAAGUGUGAGAUCUCUUGAUUUGACCACACAUUCUAAAUUUCUCUCAUCUGUAACCUUUGUGCUGCUACCAUGUAUAGGGGUACGUAUCACUUGAUUGAACGCUUUGUGGUUGACAUCAAUUUGCCUGGAAUUAUGAUUUUUUCUAGUUUUCUUGCCUCUGUAUAAAUUGUUUUGUAAGAAGUGUAAGCUUAGAACAGACGAGAUUUUGCUUUUGUUUAGCGUUGUGAAGCUAGAGUUGCAAUUCAUAGUGAAGUUAGACAUACGGUUGUCACUACAUUUUGUUUUAGAAAUUUGGAUGCAAUUUUUGAACACCAGCGACACUAAUGUAGGGCUUGUUUGGGAUU